UUUUAAAAGCAAAUCACAACAGUUAUAUUAAAGAACCUUGACAGUUUUUUUAGGAAACUAUAACAAAUUCAUAGAACCAAAAUUUCAAAUUACUGUAUGGGCUGUGAUAAGCCUGUACUUGGUUGCAUCCAGUAUCCUCCGCCAGGCAAUUCGUUCAACAGCUCGCUAUCGCCAGUUUGUGUGAUCGAGCGAAGUCAGAACCAAAUUUUGAACCAAAUAAAUUUUAAUUAAAGAAAUCAAGACUAAGUUGUCCCUCUCAAGGUGUUUGGAAAUCUAACUAAAUCUUGAAUGAACAAAAUUUUCAAUUUUAAGCCACGGACAUUGGAUUUAAUUCUUCUGCUUCCAGAUUAAUUUAAUUAUAAAAUUCUUAAUGUUGAUUGUGAUAAUUUGAGACGAAGGAGUUUUUCAAUCUCUUAACGGUAGAAAAUUACUUGUUAAGUUCGGAAGCAUUGGAUAGAGGAAGCGGUACCUUUUUAAUCGUUGAUUGGUGUCAGCAAGAACUACAAAACAACAUUCAGUUUAGACGAGACUAUUGUUAGUCUUUUAAAUAAUAAUAACAAUAGAGAAAAUAGAACCUUCUCAAUAGUUGAUUGGUGAGAACAGGAACUAGAAAAUAACAUUCAGUUAAGACGAGACAAUCUAUUUUCAAUUUAAUGCAAUAUCAAGAAGUCAUAAGGUCUUUUACAAGAAGAACUGAAAUUUGCUCGAUUAUUACUGAUUGAGUAGUAGAAGAAGUUUUAUAUAUAGAAAAUAGUGACCUGACUCAUCAUAUUUGUUAUCUAAAACGACUGAAUUCGUUAUAAAGGCAAUUUAGACAAAAACGUUGCUGUUUGUUCGAUCUUUCACUAUACAAAUCAAAUAUGGGGUGCAAAAAGAAGAAGCCUAGUUGCAAGCCUAAGCCCAAGCCUUGUUGUUCUCGUGGUGGACCAUUAACCAGUCGUGGCUUUCUUAAUUUCUUAAGAGAAUAUCGUGCAUGCCAUCCUGGACUUAACGCUGUAGAAACCGUACGUAAGGGUUAUAUGCGUUGGAAUCGUUUAUGUGAAGACAAAAAGAAAAAGUAUCGUGAAAUGAAGCGUGUACCGAAACCCAAGUGUCCCAAAAAAUGUCCUAAGAAAAAGAAGCCCAAAUGCCCUAAGAAGAAACCAAAAUGUCCACCAAAAAAACCAAAGUGCCCAAAAAAGUGUGGUUAAUUUUAGUGUAAAAACGUAUUUUUCUAUAAUUGUUGAACGUUCCACUACCUACCUUGCUUGUCUUUAUCUGUAUUUAUUCACC